AUGAAUAUCCUUAGAAUCUUGCUCUUGUCUCCCUUUAUUACUAGAGACCUGAAUGGCGACCUCGAAAUCAGUGGUAAACUGUAUUUGGAAACCCAAGUUGAUACUGACCUGAAAGCUUUGAUGAACACAAUGCUGCCUCUUGCGAACGUAUCUGUGGACCUCAGCUCCGUUAUUUUGGAUGGUUGGUGAUUAUGUUACGUUAUAGUUUAGUGUAUUCAAUAACUAUUGUGACUUUUUUUUUUUAAUUUUUUUUUUUUUUUUUAGGUUACCGCAUGGAGCUGCAAGUUUUUCCAAUAACUUUCCGAAUAACAAACAGAUUGUUUCAGGCCAACUUGUUGGACAGGUCAUCAUCUGGGUUCAAGGAGCUCAGUAACAACCUGUCUGUAGCGGUGAGUUCUCAAUUCUUACUAAUGCUAGUUAUUUUAUACGACAACUAGUCUUGUAUUUAACGGCCUACAUAUCCUUUAGUGCUGUACAUUGCGCGAUAGUGAGACACACAAGUAAAAAAAUUAAUUAGUUUGUGUUAGGACAUAUACCAACUGGUUCUAUGCCUGUGGAGAUGACUAUUAUAUGUACAGAGACACCGAUUAGUGGGAAAAAAACACUCCGUGGGUAAUAGAAAAAAAUAUCAAGUUACCCUGUUAACUGAUGGUAUUGUAGACAAAGGAGGACUCCUAGUCCUCAAAACAAUAUAGAAAAGAUACACAAAGGUAAUCUACAAUACAAUAACAGAAAAAACAUAGUGUAAUAUUGCAAAACGAAAAAAGGCAGGGGGGUUUGGGGGAAAUAGUUAGCACUCACAAACCAAAUAUUGAUUGUAGGCAUAUCACUGUGAUCUUAUUGUAGCCUCAGGAGAUAUGGAACAUUGUUGCAUGUAAGGAAAUGAAAAAAAUGAUAGUGUAAAGUUUACCAAUAAAAUAACUAAUUUAAUACAAGGCACACUUACAGGAUAAAAGUGGCAUAUAGGCACAUCACAAUCUGUCAAAUGAGUAUUCCUGUCCUUGGAUUCAGAAGAACAGGAAAACCAGGAAACAGUGGAUAAAAAUAAAAUUAGCAUUAAUAAACUUUAUACACUAAAAAUAGUCUUACGCGUUGCGUUGAAUAUGCUUUAAACUUCUUCAGGGGCAUAAAGCAAAGUUCAUUUCCUCUUGAAGACUAGUGGCACCAGUCGUCUGUUUUUAAAUCAGUCUGGCGUUGGCGUGGGAAAUUUCAGACCAAACUGUGUGUAACAAGAUCCUUCCGGGUGUGUCCCUUGGAUGCUUAUGGAUUUUUAAGUCAAGCCUCUCUUUCGUGUUGCGACUGAACGGGCGGACGUCGGCAUCAAGUAAGCGAUGCGUUCCACUGCUCAUUAAGUAGCGUAAAUCAGUCCAUAAUGUCCAUAGAAAAUAUAAAAAUUAAGCCAAUAUUGCAAAACAUAAUUGGUAAAUAGCCAAAAGAAUGAGGGAAUUGAUUACAUAAAAUAGAUAAAAAUAUAAUCUUACAAACUCACUAAAAGGAGUCUAGAAUAAAGUAAUAAAAAUAAUAAUUUAUAAAGGAUGAAAUCUAUAAAAUCAGUCUGAAAAGGGCACGAUUAUAAAAAGCACAUUAAAUCGAAAUCAACAAUCAGUCCUCUUGGUUGUAUCGUUUUUAGUGUAUGUAUCCAAUAACCCUCUCUUUUCCUUAGAUGCAUCAGAAGGUCACCACCUCUUUCAUCUAAAGUUACCUGUUCAAUGACUGUACAUUUAGGAUUAUUAAUAUUAAAAAGAGGGCAUUUACUACAGUACACUGGUACUAAAUGUGUCAACAUACGGUUUUAAAUAUUGUUUUUAUGUUCUUGAAAUCUAACUGGUUUUCCUUCCCGUCCUCCCUACAUAUUCCAAACCACGUCCACAUGUGAGGCGGUAUACAGCAUGCGUGGAGGAACAGGAUACCAGACUUUUAAUUUUACAUUUUUCCCCAGAGUUUGUGUGCUAGUAAAAUUCUUAAUGCCCUUGAAUUGAUGAUCACAGCUUUUACAACUGCCACAUGUAUAAAAGCCCUCCUUAUGCUUCAUUUUAUUUUUCCCAGAGCAAAAAGUGCUUGUUGCUAAUAUUUGCUUAAAAUUGACUCUCUUCCUGAAAAUAAUUUUAGGGACAUGGGGGAUCUGUUUAUUUAGAAACUCCUCUUCCACGAGUAGCCCCUAAUGUUUUCUAAUGAUUCUUUGUAUGUCAAAAGCUCUUGAGUUGUAUUGGGUAUUGAAAGCAAAAUCAAAAUUAGGAUUUGUAAUAGUAGCAUCUUUCAUUUUAUCCAUAAGAAGGUUAUUUCUAUAAAUUUUCCCCACCCUUUCAAUCUCCGCAUCUAAAAAUGCCGGAGAAUAGCCCUUUUCUAAAAAAAUGAUUCCUCAAAAUAUCUGCUUGUGAAUAAAAAUAAUCAAGGUCACUGCAGUUUCUAUGUAUUCAAAUGAAUUGGCUUUUGGGGCACCCUAAGCCAAUUGUGGGUGAUGCCCACUCUUGUCAAUAAAACUAUUAGAUUCUAUAGUUUAAAAAAAGUUUUAAUCUUAAUUAAAUGAUUCUCUAUAUAUUGAUACGUCAAGAGAUGGCUAUCUUGGGGGUAAGAACCAAUGAUAAAGAAUGAUUCACAUACAUAAAAUAAAAUCAUUAAGUCCGUCUAUGGGGCCACGCCAAAUUACAAGGACAUAAUCAAUGUAGCGCCUCCAGAGCAACACGUUUGCACCAUAGGUGUUAUCGGACAGUCUUUCCCAAUAGUCCAUAAACACAUUGGCAUAGCUUGGUGCAAACUUUGUGCCCAUGGCUGUGCCUUUAAUCUGCAAGAAAUACUACUCAUUGAAACUGAAAAAAUUGUGAGUUAAAAUGAAGCGGAUGGUCUCUUCUAAAAAGGAGCAGAAAGCAGGUUCCAAAGUUGUAUCUCUUUCCAAAUUUCUUUUAACUGCCUCUAUACCGAGAUCGUGGUCUAUCACGGUAUAGAGAGAUAUCACAUCUAGAGUUGCCCAAAUAUAAUCCUCCUCCCAUUCAAUCAACUAACUCCUGGAUAAGGUGCUUGGUGUCGUUUAAGGUAAGAUACACUCCCUGAGCAUAUUUCUGUAGAUGAAAAUCAAUCUACUCAGUUUAGUCGUCAGUCAUUAUGGGCCUUCCAGGUGUUUUUUCUUUACAUUUAUGGAUUUUUGGGAGGAAAUAAAAAGUGGGUACCUUCGUAAAUUCAGCGAAAAUAAAAGAAUGUUUAAUCAUAAAGAAUACCAGCUUGUUUUGCAUGGUUUAAAAGUUGUUUGAGUUUUUGAUUAAACUUAUGAUUAGGAUUGAUAAGUUUUAUAUAAGUAUGGUGAUCAUUUAACAAUCUAUAAGCUUCCAUCACAUAAUAUUGGGUUGACAUAACUACACCUCCUCCCUUGUCUGCAUUUUUAAUAGUUAAAUCUUUUCCUUUUUUCAGCUCUAAUAAAAUUUUGCUUUCUAUCUGGGUUAAAUUCUUAUGUUUAAUUCCUUUUAUCUGGAUUUUUUCCAAGUUUGUCAAAAUCUCUUAUUUUGUUGAAGGCUUCAAUCUGACUUCCUUUAUUGUUUGGACAAAAUUUAGACUUGGGUUUAAAUUUCUGAGGCUCUUUGUUGUGGGUAGGAUUCAGUAAAUCAUUUGAAUAUCCAUCCAUAGAUGGGCUUAAUGAUUAAUGAUUUAAAUAUAUAUAUAUAAUAUAAUUUUUUUUUUUUUUUAUGUGAAUAAUUCCUUAUCAUUGGUUUUUACACCCUAAGAUAGCUUUUUUUUUUUUUUUUUUAAACUAUAUAGAUUCUAAUAGUUUUAUUGACACAAAGAGUGCACAUCACCUCAAUUGGCUUAGGGAGGUCCCCAAAAGCCAAUUAAUUUGAAACUGCAGUGACCUGGAUUAUUUUUAUUCACAAGCAGAUAUUUUGAGGAAUCAUUUUUUAGAAAAGGGCUAUUCUCUGGCAUUUUUAGAUGCGGAAAUUGAAAGGGUGGGGAAAAUUUAUAGAAAUAACCUUCUUAUGGAUAAAAUGAAAGAUGCCACUAUUACAAAUCCUAAUUUUGAUUUUGCUUUCAAUACCCAAUACAACUCAAGAGCUUUUGACAUACAAAGAAUCAUUCAAAAACAUUAGGGGCUACUCGUGGAAGAGGAGUUUCUAAAUAAACAGAUCCCCCAUGUCCCUAAAAUUAUUUUCAGGAAAGCAGUCAAUUUUAAGCAAAUAUUGGCAUCAAGCACUUUUUGCUCUGGGAAAAAUAAAAUGAAGCAUAAGGAAGGCUUUUAUAUGUGUGGCAGUUGUAAAAGCUGUGAUCAUCAAUUCAAGGGCAUUAAGAAUUUUACUAGCACACAAACUCUGGGGAAAAAUGUAAAAUUAAAAGUCUGGUAUCCUGUUCCUCCACGCAUGCUGUAUACCUCCUCACAUGUGGACGUGGUUUGGAAUAUGUAGGGAGGACGGGAAGGAAAACAAGUUUAGAUUUUAAGAACAUAAAAACAAUAUUUAAAACCGUAUGUUGACACAUUUAGUACCAGUGUACUGUAGUAAAUGCCUUCUUUUUAAUAUUAAUAAUCCUAAAUGUACAGUCAUUGAACAGGUAACUUUAGAUGAAAGAGGUGGUGACCUUCUGAUGCAUCUAAGGAAAAGAGAGGGUUAUUGGAUACAUACACUAAAAACGAUACAACCAAGAGGACUGAUUGUUGAUUUCGAUUUAAUGUGCUUUUUAUAAUCGUGCCCUUUUCAGACUGAUUUUAUAGAUUUCAUCCUUUAUAAAUUAUUUUUAUUACUUUAUUCUAGACUCCUUUUAGGGAGUUUGUAAGAUUAUAUUUUUAUCUAUUUUAUGUAAUCGAUUCCCUCAUUCUUUGGGCUAUUUACCAAUUAUGUUUUGCAAUAUUGGCUUAAUUUUUAUAUUUUCUAUGGACAUUAUGGACUGAUUACUUUACUUAAUGAGCGGUGGAACGCAUCGCUUACUUGAUGCCGACGUCCGCCCGUUCAGUCGCAACACGAAAGAGAGGCUUGACUUAAAAAUCCAUAAGCAUCCAAGGGACACACCCGGAAGGAUCUAGUUACACAGAUCCGAAAUUUCCAGCUCCAGCACCAGUCUGAUUUAAAAACAGACCACUGGUGCCUAUUGUCUUCAAGCCUUCGGGAAGAAAGGAACUUUUUGCUUUAUUCCCCUGAAGAAGUUCAAAGGAUAUUCAACGCAACGCGUAAGGCUAUUUUUAGUGUAUAAAGUUUAUUAAUGCUUAUUUUAUUUUUAUCCAUGGUUUUCCAGUUCUUCUGGAUCCAAGGGCCAAAAUACCUAUUUGACAGAUUGUGAUGUGCCUAUAUGCCACUUUUAUCCUGUAAGUGUGCCUUGUAUCUCUGCACUAUCAUUUCCUUACAUGCAACGAUGUUCCAUAUGUCCUGAGGCUACAAUAAGAUCAGUGAUAUGCCUACAAUCAAUAUUUGGUUUGUGAGUGCUACCUAUUUCUUCUCCCACCCCCCCCUUUUUUUCUUUUUGCAAUAUUACACAGUUUUUUUCUGUUAUUGUAUUGUAGAUUACCUGUGAUUGUCAUGUCCAUAGAAAGGAUACCAAGACACCUGUUUACACUGAUCACUUUGUAUAGACAUGUUCAUUGGCAUAAAUCUGGAAGCAUACAGUUUUUCACAGCUAAAACUAUACAUCGGCACUAAAUAUUCUGUUGGUAGAAUGGACUGCCAGAUCUUUCAUGCUUUUGUUUUUCUUAAACCGUGAAACAUAUAUAUAUAUGAUUUUUGAAAGCUACACCAGAUUUUUCCUAAAUGAAUGAAAAUGUUAUGCUUUAGUGAUCAGCACUCGCCUAAUACUUGUGAAUUUCAUUUAUCUUUUAUUCCAGCCCAACGUUGUAUAAUGUAAAAACACUCCAGAACUUCACCUGCUCUGUUGCAUUUACCGUUCUGUAUUUUGUGUAAAUGCACUCUUUCUGAUCCUUUUUAGGUCCGAUCCACCCUGCAGGAUUAUGGCCCCCUGCAAGUGAUCAUUGGGGAAUUUAGGUGAGAUUCUGACUCUACAUAAUUCUCACCCCCUCCCCCUAAUGAACUUAAUGGCACUUAAAUUUUUUUAAUUUUGUUUGCUCACAAUAAUACAUUCUUUUAAAAUCUGAAACUUUGAAUUAGUCCCUCUAUGCCAUUGUGCAUUUCCUGGUUAUUAGAGUUCGUAGCUCUAUACAUGUUAUGCUAUGUACCCUUUUCUGUGAGGACAUUAUGUUUAGAGAUGGAAUUCCUUAAUAGAUUGACUGAAUAGACUGAUUUUAAUGGGUCAAUCACUACAGCUAUCCACUGCUGUCAUGUUAUUAAAAGGGCCCCUAUAACCGCAGUUAAUAUCACAGUUUACCGAGGUUGUUUAGAUAUAUUCAGUUUUAUAUUGGGGUACAUGAGGUGUUUUAAGAGAAGUUUAAACCUAGGAUUAAGAUAAAGAUUUUUUUUAUUUUUUUUGCAAAGUGCUUACCCUCCUAUUUCUUCUGUAGUCCAAUCAGCCUCCUAUGAUUUAAUAACAAAGAUUUAGGGGCUGGUAAACAAUGUGCAUCACUCGAUGCUGUCCCUGCUACUCCUGGAAUGCAAUUCCUGUGUGAGGCUGUUAGUAGGAGGUGAUCCCUUCCACUUCCUGUCCAGCCUCACACACAGACACAGGAGGAUCCGGGACAGCAGUUUUACACCCUCUAUAGCUGUUUUUUUUUCAUCGUUACACUUCUUUCCCAGAUGUUAGGACAAAGGACAACAAUACUUGUCAAAUGCUAUCAUUUCAAGAAGUAUUCUUUUAGAAACAUACACUUUUUUUCCUGUCUAGGAGUGGCUCCAUUGUGUGUAAAGGGAAGCUUCUGUAUUCAUUCCCAGCUCCGGGCAGUGGGGAAGUCCUUCGUGAUUUUGUGGCCUCUCUUCGAUCCAGUGGUAACUUGGGGUCAUCCCCCUAUAAGGUCGAGCUGACAUCCUUGAUUGUUGGAGGUGAUGCUUUUAUAAUGGAAAUGAUAUAAUUUGAAAAGUAACUCCAGGAUCCUUCAUCUUCAACACCCCUCCUAAUUUACAUUAUACAUUUUAUUUUCCCCUUUCAUAUUGCGUAUAGUCAAGUUGAGAAUACAAUUUAUGUUCAACUUUCCAGAAAAGAGAAACUGCCAUUUUGAAAUGAAACAAAACUUUUUUUUUUUUUUGCUUUCCAAGUGAGGACCGUUAAGAAAUGGCAUUCACUGAGAUGCACUUUGUUUAACCUUGCCCACCUAGCUUUAUAAAUUGCAGUAUAUUCCUUUUUUUUAUUUUUAUGUUUUUAUUUUUUUUCUAACCUGAUACAGCAAACGCUAGCACUAUGUAAGGAAAACACACUGGGAUAUUAAAGGGACACUAUAGUCACCAGAACCACUACAAGUUAAUGUUUUUGUCAUGGUGUCUAUAGCUUGCCCCAGCAGUCUUUUUAAUGUAAGCACUGGCUUUUCAGAGCUUGGUCCUGGCCUCCAAAAAGGGGUUCCCAGACAUCUGGGGAAAGGAGCACUCAAGCUUCAGGUGCAAUCCGGUACAUCCUUGCCUAUCCUGUCUCCCCUCCAAAUAGCGCUCUAUUUGUGGGGACCAAGCGAUACCCACUUAAAGAUUGACUGGACCAUGGCACAGUCCUGAUCAGAGGAACUGUUCCAGACUGUAUCGGGGUAUCUCUGGUCAAGUGCUUAAUGUGCAAAAUGAUGAGGCCAGAUGAGCCCUAGAGGUCCUUUUAAUUCAGCUGGAAAAGCACAGUAAGCAUCCUGGACAAUCCUACCCCUCCCAACAUUGAUAAUAGAAUUUUAGUGGCUCUUGGGAUGUGGACCUUCAUAUGUGGGCAUAAGGCUGGCCUAAAAGCCUCUCCAAAUGGCUGUGGCACAGGAGCUUCCGUCACACCAUUCAAGAAAGUUUGGAAAUGAAAAGUAAGAUAUGAGUUGUAGUUAAAGUUGGGUCAAGGCAGGACAGAGACCAUUUUAAUGUCUCCUUGCUCUGUGUAGGUGUACCUUCAAGCCAGCCGUGCAGAGAUACUGUGUGCACCUGACCUGGUAUCAGUCACCAUCUGUUCAGUACUGGUGGCAAAUUGUGGUUGGAGGACAUUCAUGGAUCAUGUAAUGCUAGCAGUCAUUUUUAUAUAUUAUGAAGUUGCAUUUUCAGGUUGUUCUCUAAAGAGAACUUUCUUGUUUUAGACAACCAUGGGGAAUAAAUUAUAGUCUGUAGCAAAGACAGCAUGUAAGAGCAAUAAUCUAAGAUUUACUCAGUUUUUGGAAGUAUUAUUUUUUUUUAUAUUUUUCUUCCCUUUUUUGUGUGUAGAAAAAUAAUUUGCAACACAAUAUUUUUACUUUUCCAGAGAUUGAUUUUUUUUUUUUCCCUCUCAUUGACUUUGUCAUAAUUUUCUGCCUUUAUAUCCUUCCAGAUUCAAAGCCCGAGACAAACUUUGAAUAUGUUGAUUUCCCAGGAUUUGCUGUGGCUAUUAUUGUCAUGUGUGGACUCAGCAUCUUGAUACUUCCUGGACUAGUCUAUGUGGUAUGUGUGCUUAGCAUGUGGUAUAUGGGAUUUUUUUUUUCUUUUCCUUUCCAAAAUUUUAUGCAGUUCUACUCUCUGCAUUCGUGGUAAGGUUCAACAUGGGAAUGGUAAGAUCCUGUGAAGGUAGGUCAUGUGCUUCAGGUUGACAAAGCAUUUAUUUAUGAAACGUACAAUCAGAUGUAAAUGUGAUUAUAGAAUGUUAAAUAUUGUAUCAAUUAUGUUUUACUUCGUAAGUGAUAUCUGAGUUCUAUUGGGUAGUGAUAAUUGCAAAGUUUAAUUUCCCAGAAUAUGAUGUUCGCAUAGACUAUAUAUAUGUAAAUUCAAAACUUAUGAGAACUUAGUCACUCUAAAAGGUAUUUGUGCAAGAAACCAUUGGUUAGAAAAUCACGCAGAAAUGUUGUCCUCUCCCUCUGGAGUCUCGCUUACAGCAUAUUGGCUUAACACCAAUAUUAUGGGAUAGCCCCAAAAUCUAGAGCAGCAUUUCCAUAUAAAAACAAACAGAAGGCACAUACGGACCGGACAUAGCCAACGGCAUUCAUUUACUAAUCUGCUAUUCGUUUUCCAAUUCUGUUGGGUAUGUUCCAAAAAUGGGCACAUUUGCCAAUCUUUUCGAAUAAUUGUCUGGGAAAUGCCCCUUUUUGCCCAAGGGGCAUAAAAUGAGAACAUUGUUGCAAUCUUGGUAUAAUGUUCAAUGCUGAGUAUUUUGAAGUGUGCACAUAUCCAUACAUUAAUGUAUUAUCUGCUUCAUGUAUAAUAAGGGCUUAACAACAUUGGAAUAAUAUUGCAUUUAUUAUCUGCUACCAAUGAAAUCAAAGGACUAUUGACUGGGACGAAGUUCUAUAGAAUGCGAUAUUGGUAGACGGUAGUAUCAUGUGUUUACUGUUACUGCAGUGCAUCAAGACAAAGGUUUUUGGAAAGAGACAGAAGGCUAGCUUUACUCGGCGCAAUGACCCAGAUCAGCAGAGCCACCAUUUUGAGAUGGACAACCGGGCAUUCCGUGCAAGCAUAGAACAGGUAUGUUCAUUGGAGAGCUCGGGUACCUAGAGUCAAAAGUGCAAGUGCAGAGCACCAUUAAAAAACACUCCAUGUGAUUUUCAUUUAGCUGUAUGGAACUUCUAUGUUUUUUUUUCUUCUAAAAUCAGUGUUUUUAAACAAAAUGUAUAUAUACAGUCAUGGGGAAAAAACAGACAGAGGUCUACUACUCUGUCCUGAAACUGAGCACUCCCCGUCAAUCAUUGUUAUAAGACUUGCCCUUCGUAGCUGUCAGAGAGAAAGGAGAAACAGAAAUGGGGUCUUCUCAGUUUGGAUUGAUUUCAAUUGCUCAAGUCUUAAUAUACAUUUUAAGGAAAAUGGAUCAUUGCAAGGGGAAACAAUGCUUUAUUUAAUGGUGUGAAGUGAUUGUUAAACAGUUUAUGAAUGUACCUUCUGUUAAAAUGCACUUUAUUAGAUUUUUCUUGUAAUUUUUUUUGACUACAGUAAACCUUAAACAGAUUUGCUUACAGUAAUUUUUUUUUUUUUCUGUGUAACAGCCUUAACUUGGGCAGAUGGGUGUACGCACUUCACUAGAGUACUGAUGUGUGGGGAGCAGCCGCCAAACGCAUUGGAUACAGUCUUGAGAUAAAAAGUGGAAGGAAGGCAGCUGACUCGUCAUGCGUUUAAUUAAUUUAUUAGACGGCCUGGAGGGGCGAUCAUACAAUAUAACAGAGCUGAUGUUACAUUUCCAUUUUUUGGUGCAAUUUCUGAAUAGUAAGCUUUUAUGGUUGAGCUGAAAUAAAAUUUUGGUUUCCAUUAUUCACCUUGCUCCAGAUCCCACACUGUUAUGAUUUACAAUUCGGACAAGAGAAACUGCAUUACAAACGUUGCCCGUUAAAAUGGCUGCCACCUUUGUCUAUAGCAGCUGAAAAUAGACUUUUUGUUAUAGCUUGCUUUGUUUCUACGGAGUAGAUGACUGCUAGGCUGAAAUCUAUCUAAUUGUGUGUUCUAUGAUGGUAAUAGUAAAGUUAUUUUCUGAAGCCAAAGCAGCAUGUUUAUUUUUGUAACCUAUUUAUGUGCUGUCUCUAUUGUGUGUUGUGUUUGUUAGACGGUGGGCAAUAUGCAAACUGGACAUGGGUCCCACACAGCAACUCUAUCUAGUGUUCUGUCUGUCCUUUAAAUGUUUCAAACUUCAAGAAAAUCGGACUAAGGAUAAUUAGACUUUAAUAUCUUAAUUUCUAAAACCUAUUUUAUGGCUUUAUUUCCUUUUUUUUUUUGUAAUUGGCUUUUUUGUGGAAGAAGCUCACGUUCCUUGACUUUUUGAUAACUGGUGUUGAUUUAUAUCUAUCUUUUUGUCACAUCGUUGGUUUUUACUGUUUCAGUGGUAAGAAAAACUUUAUAUUUCCAUUUUUAUGAAAGGAUGUAGCUUGAUUUUAUCUUUUGUCAUCGUGAAAUAAAAACCUUAAAACUCCUUCCCGUGCUAGUCAUUCAGUCUUUACCAAGAAGCAGUUGAACACAGAGCACAGCAUACAAAAUGUCUGCCAAAACCUUUGUGUCCCUGCACUGUACCCCCACACAAUAUGUAUUCCUGGAAAGCUUGGAUAUUCUUUAUCAGUACAAAUAGUGCUCUUAUCCAGAGUGCUUUGAAUAAUUGCCAAUUCUUUUUUGCAUAUAUUUUAGAGUAUUAAUAAAUACAUACACUGACUCAAAGGAAGAUAACGCUGCUGUGGGGGUUAAACCUCCUGCGAGAUACUAUGCUAGAAUGCCUGUGACCUUCCAAUCUACAUUAAAUAGACAUAGUCAAAAGGUUUUGGGGGAAAAUACAGAUGUAAGGAAACAAAUGCGGUAAUAAUUGUGCCACUAUAAAGUUCACCAUUCCCCCUUCUGUUAAUUUUUCACUUGAUCUGUGAUUAAAACAAUUUGGCAGCUGUGUCCCCUAACCAUAAACCCUCUAUGUACCAUGGGCAUAACUCUGAUUCACAAAACGGUUCACCGUGAUUUGUUUUGCGAUAGGGCAAAAUGGAAUGCGGAGGAUCCCCCAGAUCGACCAAAAUUCGGAUGACAAAAAAUAGAAAUACAGAGUCAGUGCGAUAUGGAGAAGGCACCAAGAUUACUCCGUGUGUCCAAAAAACAUACCGCUCAGACUCAAAUCUUACCCAUAUACAAUAG